UUGUCGUAUCUUUAAUUAAAUAAUAUCUUUAAUUGUUAAGGAAUAUAAUCAAAUUAAUCAUGGAAAAUAUAAGAGAAUAUUAUUGUAAAUGAUUAAAAUCCAUUAGAAAGACAAUUAAAUCACUUACAAUUAGUUAAUUAGUUGAUCAAAAUGGACCUAAAUUUUGAUGAAAUUUAUCAUGUUUUAAUUAAUCGUUUUAGAAUCGGUGAAAAUUCAGCUGAAGCCUAUCGAUAUUUAUGUUUUUCUUAUGGUACUGAGUGUCUGAGUGAACGACAGUGUCGUCGAUGGUUUGUGAAGUUUCGUAACGGAAAUUUUGAGGUCAAAAGAAGCCCAGGUCAAGGUCGGAAAAUGACCUUAAAUCUUGACCAUUUGCGAGAAAUUAUUCAAUCUAAUCCUCGUCAAUCAACUCGCGAACUUGCUAUUGUUCUAAAUGUUUGCCAAAAAACUAUUUCAAAUGGCCUUAAAAAGAUCAAUUUUACGAACAAACGAGGAACUUGGAUUCCCCAUGAUUUAAGUGAUGCUAAUAAAGCUCUUCGACUAUCGAUUGUUCGAACAUUGGUUCAAAGAUUCAAAACUGACCCUUUUCUCGAUAGAGUUGUGACCUGUGACGAAAAAUGGGUUCUUUAUAAUAAUGUUCACCUUCGUAAACAGUGGUUACCAAAGGGUCAAUCGCCCGAAUCUACGCCCCUCCCCGGGCUCCACCCAAAGAAGGUAUUGAUUAGCGUUUUUUGGGACUAUCGAGGGAUUAUUCAUUAUGAGUUAUUACCUGAAGGUCAAACAAUUAACGCUGAUGUUUAUUGUUCUCAAUUGGACAGAUUAUCUGAGCAAUUAUCUUUAAAAAAAUUGCUCACAUAUUAACAGAAAAGGGGUUAUCUUUCACCAAGACAAUGCUCGACCUCAUACCGCUCAAAUAACGACCUCAAAAAUUAAGAAUGAGCUCAAAUGGGAACUUCUUCCUCACCCACCAUAUAGCCCUGAUAUUGCUCCAUCUGAUUAUCACUUAUUUAGAUCAAUGGAACAUUUUCUUAGGAAUAAAAAUUACCAAAACCGAAGUGACCUCAAAAUCGGCCUCGAAAAGUUUUUCGACUCUAAAGACGGCAAUUUUUACAAGAGAGGAAUAUUUAAUCUCGUUAAGAGAUGGGAGAAAGUGGUUGAAGCGAA